AUGGUAAAAGUGGCGGCCGUACUCGAUCGUGGAAUCGUUCCUUGUUCACAUAAUUGUAGUCAAAGCUACUCGGUCGCUCGUUGUGUCACCUGUGAAAAAUUCCUAUGCCGAGAAUGUCUCACGGACCAUAAUAAAUAUCGAGGUCACAAUGAUCAUUCUGUUCUAACGAUGGAAGAGUUAUCAAAGCCAGAAAAUCGCAAGAAAAUCAACGACAAAAUGUAUUGCAAUGAACAUUCGGGCAAGAAAUUAAAAGUUUAUUGCAAAACGUGCGACCAACUGAUUUGUAAGGAUUGUAUGGAUUUUAAACACGUCAAGCAAAGUCAUUCGUGUGUUCUCGUCAAGGAUGUUGCGAGCAACUAUAAGGAACUUCUUGCUUCAAAUAACAAAGCAAUGGAAAACGCUUUAACUGAAGGCAAUGCAUUUCUUGGACGAAUAACUCUUAAGACAGAACGACUUGAUCGCGAUGCUGAAAAUAUCAAAACUGAAAUUGCACAAAGAAAAGAAUUUGUGAAAAAGAAAGUCGUUCACUCUGUCGUUGACAUGUUGGAUCAAAAAGCUGAAACUCUUCUUAAGAAAGUAGAUGAAAUCCACAAAGGGAAACGAGCGAAUUUGGACAGACAGGCAGAAGAAACAAAGUUAUAUGUAGAGAACAUAAAAACGUCUUUUCAACUUUCGAAAAAGUUGGUCGACCAAGGCUCAGAAGAAGAAAUAAUUUCCUCUCAGAAAAUGAUGCUGAAUAACGCAAAUAAUCUCCUAAUAAAACGCGAAGAGUAUUUCAAAGCACCUAUUCCCGUUGCAAAAUUGAGCUACAUUUCCUCUACUGGCAAGCAACCAAUAAACGAAAACGUUUUGAAAGAGCUGGCAAAUAGUUUAGGAGAAGUUAAUGACGACGAGCAUGCAGGUGUGUUUCAUGCGGAUGGGUUUCGUGCGUGUGGGUGUCAUGCGUGUGGGUUUCAGGCGGGUGGGUUUAUAUGAGAAAAUUUUAUCCCGCUUGCCGGGACAAUUUUGUUACAUUGAUGUUGUUUUGACAGUUGUUAAAAAUAGCUUGUGGCGGUAUCUUUGAACUUUCAUCCCGGCAACUGGGUGACCGGGCUAGCCCGCUUGUGAGUGUUUAUAUGGAGAAAUUUCCAUCCCGGUAAGCGAGAUCUCGCCUCUUUCAAGCGAGAUCUCGGCAACCGGGCCAGCCCGCUUGUCCAUAUAAACGCACGAUAAUUUUUACUAUAAAAAUAACUACACAGCGAGAUCUCGCUUACCGGGCUAUCUCGCUAAGCGGGCCAGCCCGGCUUCCAUAUAAACAGGCCCUUAGAAUCGGAUAUAAAUGAAAUGUUUCCGCACAAUAAUGAUACAAGAACUGGGGCCGGUAGUUCAAAUCCCGAUUAGUGCUAACCCUGGGUUAAAUUUAACCUGCUGUUUUUGUUUAUGUAUUUCUGCGUGAUCAUUCGUUUCAAAACUGUGGAAAAGAAAACCUCUAUUGAACCAGAAAGGAUUUCUGGAAAAACAUAUUCAACUUAAUUGUGAGCUGUUAGAAAUUUUAAUUUGUAGAUUUGUGUUACCGGCCAGGGUUAAGCUAACCGGCUUUCGAAUAACCGGCCCCUGAAGAAAAAGAUAACUGGGGUAAACCUUGCGGAGAACGGUUUGGAAAGGACGUUGAUCUAAAUAUCUUUUCAAAAAAAACAGGCAUGGUCAUGGGUACAAGAAGCUUCGACGAAAAGAAAACGGUCAAGGUUUCCGGGGUUUCGCAACUUUUGCGAGACCAAAUUGAGAAGGAAUUUCAAGCGAAGGGGAACUCGACUGGGUAUAGUGACGAUGUCAACAAACUGUAUGUCUGCCCGAAUGGAAAAGAUUAUGUUCUUGUUGAAUUGGAGAAAGACAUACCAGGUAAGUGUUCAAAUAGUUGCAUCUUAUUUCAUACAUUGCUUUGCAGAAUAGAAUGCUUGCAUGAGAGCAGGUCAGAAAUAAUUUUACUUUCUUUAGCCUGUUUCGAAAAUGCAAUCGAUAAUCAGUGUUGUGUGCAGAUGUGUAUUACCAGCGUUGUCCCAAAAUUCAGGCAGCUAGGUCCGAGAAUAUUUCGUGUUAACAUUUAUUCCGCUCCGAAUUUAUAACUUGAGUUGGGUCCAUCUAGAAUUAGAAUGAAUUCAGACCACUGAUUCCGACACAGUUAGUAUAACCAAAACUAACUCUACUAAUUUUACUAUGACUAUGUUUAAAGACUAGUUCCACUUAGGAAAAUUAUCCGUUGAUUGGAACGGACAAGAAAAUUUUUCUUUGUGUUAAAGUCAUUAGUUCCAACCCAGAGCUCACAAGACAAAGAAAAAUUUUCUUGUCCGUUCCAAUCCACGGAUAAUUUUUCUGAGUGGAAACUAGCCUUAAGUGUAGGAGAGUCUAAUAUUAAUAAUUGCCAAAUUGUCUUUACCGGAAUAUGGAACCAUAGAAAAGCCUUGGUAAAUAAACGUGUAUUAGUGUAAUUUCAGUUGUAGACUAGCUCUGUGGUUGUUAGUCUAAUUUGCGGAAGUAUUAAACGCGAAAAUUACACGGUCGUUCCUAAAGGGGGUUGGACGACAGGAAAUUUUCAAGAUGGCGAUCUUUUUCAAGAUGGCGAUCUUUUUCAAGAUUGUUAAAACGCGAGAGAAUCAACAGCUAGACACUUAUAAAAAUCUUAAACUUUGCCCUAAACCUAACCCAAAAUCUAACCCUAAAUUAAAGCAAACUCUGAGUUUAAAUUUUGAACUAUCUUUAAAACCUCGCUCUCGUCAAUCCCUUUCAGCCAUUACGUACCCACACACACAUUUCCUUUACGAAUUGUGACUUUCAUAUGAGGCACAAAGUCCUGUUGAGUAGGCAGACGCCAUCUCCUAAAGAGAGUAUGGUACCAGUGGCGGCCGAACAGGGGGGUUAGGGGGCUAUAGCGCCCUGGAAUAAAUGUCGGGCUAAGUUCACCACCACCCAAAAAAACAAUGAGAGUAAGACGGUAAUAUAAAGAUUUUUGAUCGCAUCAAAGGUAAACUGGACAAAAUAACCGACAUGGUGUUCAAUGAAAUAUCCUUAAGUGAUUUGAAAUUGAACGGGCUUCAGCACCCAUCACAGUUUUCCGAAAGGGGGACUAAGGGAGCGGUCAUUAUUUGUGGUGGGGGUUGCACCGAGAUAUGGUUGACUUAGUAAAAAUUUUGCUGAUCCAACCAUUAAAAAAUCAAAAAACAUUUUUACCCAACCUCAAAUAUCAAUUAAAAAAUAAAUACACACCCUUUGCCAAAAUUGUUAUAAUUCUUACAAAAGGAUACCUCUGUGAAUUGAGUUUGAUAAUUGCUUGUGCUAAUUUACUGCAGUCUAAAGUUUCAUGCUGUCUGCACAUGUACUUUCUUUGGAGAUACCAUUUGCCUGACAAAUCGGAAAAUGAUCAAGAUAGUGACUCUGACUGAUUUACAUAUUGUAUUGAUAUAUGACUGUUGACAUUGCCCCCCCCCCCCCCUUCCGCUCGCCCCCAAAACCUGUUCUGCCAUCACUGUCUCUGGUACUGGACUGCAUGGAAGUAACUGACUCUUGUUAGCACUGUAUGCAACUGGGGUGAUAACUUAACGAUUACCCAAAUGGACAGGCGACUUGCAGUAAGAUUUUGUUUUUGGCCACCAUGAUGCCGGAUGAAAAAUUCAAAUCAAGAAUCUGUUUUUUGCGGAUUCACUUCACGCGAAGAAAUUCGCCCAUUGAGAAACUCGUUUUUUUCCUUUACUCAAUUUUACCAACGUAAUGAGCCUGAUUUACACUGAAAAAGUAACCCGGGUUCGAGCCGAGCUUGUUUGAACCCUAUACCAGAGUAUGUUUACACUCCAAACAACUAACUCAAGGUUAAAGUUUUUCUUAUUUGGUUCCUCCUUGCUCAACUUACAGCAGUUUUACGAGAUUCGUGACCCCCCAACACGAAAGUUCGCUGAAGUAAUGUUUGGUUUUGACAUAAGGGCGUGGCUACCAACCAGUAUUUUAUAUUACAUCAGCUGUAAUGAUGCCGCAUGUCAAAAACAAACAUUAGUUCAGUGAACUUUUGUGUUGGGGGUCGCGAAUCUCGUGAAACUGCUGUAACAACGCCCUAUUUAUCGAAUUUAUUGUGCUGUGUUGUUCAGUAGGUUGGAAGGUCAUAGGUGAUACGCUAAAAAUUGGUGGCACAGCACUGAAUGUGGAACAAUACAAACCUCCAAUUGUAAGUGUGCUAGAGAAAAACACGGCAAAGUAUUUUUAGCAGGUAUCAUUUCGGAGAAAGUAAUAUCCGAAACGGGUGUAGAUUGAAAAUUUCAGCCUAAAAGGUCUGCAAUGUCUGAAUAUGCGUUGUAAAUUGCUUUUGUUAUAAAAGCCAGAAAAAGUGGUGUUGGUAGUAUACACCUAUCCGACUGGUGUUCGCUCUUGUCACAUAUGAGAAGAUUGCACCCAGCUUGACUCUGUCAAGGGUCUUUCCUGGGCAUUUCGGCUUGCUCGGAUCAAUAAGCGAUGGCCUUUACUGAGAAGAACCAUUUAAAAUUGAUAGAGCUAUCCAGUAUAAAUAAAAUUAAGGUUUCCUCCUGUAGUUACACUGGGUCAAUACGAGCUGGUCCUUCCUUGAAACGGAUAGACCUAUCAAGUAAAAUAAGAGUUUUUAGGUUUUAAAUUGUCAGUAAACAUGUUGCAUAUUAUAGUAGUAAAGGAUUCUUACUUUUUAAAGUUAAAAAAUUAUGUGCUCCUUUAUUAAUUCGGGGAGUACUUUUUUAUUUAAUAUUUCAUCGAUUUUGAAACGAUUUUGAACUUUGAUCAUUCUUUUGAAAAGUAUUAUUUACUGCCCUACUAAUAAAUUUUGCGUCAGAUUUAUUGCUCAAUUGGUCAGUCAGAACGUGUGAAGCUCUUUUGCUAUGAUGCAAGAUUUAUGCUAAUGUUAAUUAUGGUAAUUAUGUAGGCGUCGAUUGAAGAUUUCAGUUCUGAAAGUGUCACAAAAAUCUGGGUACCUGAUGAGCAAAUAUUCCCGCACAAUGAUGAUACAGGUGCGUACAGUAUGGACAGAAAACUCGACCGAGAUAAAACUAGGAAGAAAUCGCAUGGCAGGGGUACCCGGCAAAUCCUGAUCAAUCAACGUCGUCUUGGCUUAAAUUCUGACCAGACGCCAAUGCCAGAAGAUACGUUUGGCGAAACAAAAGUGAAGCUGAACAAAGAUUUGGCCAAAAAGAUAGGAAAAGAAGCUAAACUCCAAGAAAUUCUUAACGAAGAGAACGUUAAGCUUCAUGAUGAUAAAUUAAAAGGCACAUGGAAUGGCAUCUUCGCUGUUGGAAAGAAGCUACGUAUGCUUCUUUCGCAUGAUGCAUAUCCCUGUUUUUGAUCUAACUGAAAAUAAUUGUGACCAUGGAGGCAAUGUUUUAUGUCAGUCUAGCAUUGACCAAUCAUCGGAUGUCCAAGAUGGGCUCAUUAUCAGUAUUAUGAUACAACGAAGAAUGUGUUGUUCAGCGCAGUUCUCAACUGUUUGACAAAUGCAAGUCAUUAUGGUGCUAAAAGUAUCUCCAUCCCUGCUAUAAGUUCUGUCAUAUUUGGUGUUCCUGUCUCGAUCUGUGCCGAAAUUCUAUUUAUGGCUGCGACAGCUUUUGCUAAGAACGCACCUAAAUCCAAUUCUUUGAAAGCAAUUCGCUUUGUCAACAUCGAUAAACCAACUUCACAAGUGUUCGCACAAGAAAUGAAGAAACGUUUUGAUGCUUCAAUUCAUCGGGAAAAUGUUAAAUUAUUUCAUUGCAUUAACGUCGGUGGAAACGAAAAGGGAAACCAGAAUGAGCAAAACCAAUUUGAUGAUUGGAAGGAAAAUCCUGUAGCUACUACCCAACCCACUAAACCGGUGGACCCAAAACCGGCUAAGGACACUUUUGCAGGGAGUCGUAAUUCGUAG